AUGGCGACUAUGCAUCUGAUGCUUCUCUGUGCAAGCCUGGCUGUGGCACACCGGGUAGCGGCUGUGCAACAUGCAGUUUUCGAGGGCCUCCUGAUCCAGAAGGCUCCGUAUCCAGUUGCCGGCCCGAAGCCUGGAAAAUACAUUGAGCCAAAGCCAGUUCAUCUGAAAGUGCAGGGACUGCUAUACGUGGGCGUCCCGCCUCUGCUCGCCACUCUUGCAGCAUUUCUUGUCUCUAGCAUCGGUUAUCUCGGUUUCCGGUACCCUGAUGCGACCUUCGUUGUAUGCGGCCCUCUAUGGGGAUCUUACCUCCUGACGAACCUCGUACACCUCAUUGCUGUUGCUAACGCUGCGAACAUGUACUUCGGCCUGGGGCGAUGGGUUUGGCUUCUCUUGCCCGCAUCACUUGGCACUCUCGGCAUCUACCUUCUCUGGGAAAGGUCGAACCGGCGUGUGGCGCAAAACUUCAUCACAGCAUUCACCAGCGCAUUUGGCGCGGUGUCAGCUGUUUCGGUCAUCCUCUCAUACUUUUGCAUGCAUAAAAACAGCCCAUUCGACCUUGUGUCCUUUAUGACAUAUCCAACGGGAUUCAGGUGGAGCGACCCUGCAGACGUUGCCAUGCUGAUUAUGCUCAUAGUGCUCGUCAUCGGCGGGAUGGGAGUCUCUACUGCCAGAGACGCCCGACAGGAGAGCCACGGCUUUGGCGAGGACCGGGAAGGCACUCUGGGCAUUGCUAAGAAAAUGGCCCGAGGGAGCUACGAUAGCAUGAGUCGAGCAUUCAGCACGGGCUCUAUUGAUGCCAAGCCGUUUCUCUCGUUUGCGAGUUUUAAAAGCGACCGCGGAGGUAAGCAGCAAUUAAUGACUUUCAACUGGCCGGCAUCAAGGCGAGAACAGCACAUGGAGAGUGCGGACGACACCGACACAAAGGACGGCUCCACCGAUGACGAAUCCCUUAUUUCCCUGCAUGGCGAUUUGGGUGAUGUGACUCCGACGACUUCGUCUUCUGUCAAGGUGCUGUGCACCUCGAAGGAGCUGCUUGACGAAUACGACGCUUGCUUCUCUUCCGUCCCUGUGGCAGAGACGGAAGACUUCUGCACCUUUUUGUAA